AUGGCACCCGCCGGUCGCUCAACUCAACGCCCUCCACCACAGUGCGUCAGCGCCUGUACUCAUAUCAGAAUGUGUCGCCUCUACGGAAGCUGGACUUGUGACACGUGCCACUAUCCUUCCCCCUUCGGCUGGCUCUACCAUUGCACUUCCGAUAUCCCAGAGGUGGGAGACUUUGCCUUUAUCAAGUCCUUGACACACCCGGUCAGUCCUGCUGGGGAGGAUUUACGUCAAAUCGGGCUCAGCGAGUCCGUCGUCAAGGAAUUCGAGAAGGGUGGUUACACCGACAAGCAGGUUCAGAUCCUCAUCCGUCAGAAGCAACACCUGCAACAAAUCCUGGAGAAGUCUGCUCGACCUGCUCCCAUGAUCAACCAACAAGCAUCGGAAGACAUCAACAACGUGUCAGAUGAUUCUCGUUGCGACUUCAAGGUCUGUCAGCGUUGCGGUCCUAUGCGCAAAGAGCGUUGCUGGCUGUCGUUCGAGGCAGUCUUUGAGAACGAGGUCAGACCCGUCGACGACUUCGAGCUAGAAGAAGGCCUCCCCGUCAGGGAUGCCCACGUCGCCAGACAGGUUGGCUUGCGUCUUCCUGUUCGGUUCUUGGCACCUCCCAUCUGGGGCGAAUCUCCUCAUGGCUCACCAAAUUGUUCUGCGUCGUCGGGCUACACAAGCGAUGGCUUUUCUACCGAUGCUGAGUUCGAUGACGAAAGCUGCGGAGAUGCUCUCUCAUCUAGCUCUCAAGACGCUGAAGACAACUUCCAUACACGCACUGGCGGCGACAUGCCCUACGUCACUCUUAGAGACCCUCGCCACGCCCACACGCCCCGUUCCACCAUCAGACUCGUCUCCAACUCCCCGUCUCGCCACAUGCACCGUACUUCGACUGCUACCAACGACGACUAUUCGCCUUCUCAUUCACACACCAGGACCUCGUCAAUCAGUCUUCCCACCAUCCCCACAACUACGUCCUACACGAUCCUCCCUGGUUGUGAAGAGACCGUCCAAGAACUAAGAGCGCAAUACUCGCUCAAGGCCAUGACUGAUCCAGAAUUCUACUCUGACCAUCCCUUUGACCUGGCCUCUUCCAUGUCAAGCAGUUCGAGCUUUGGUUCCGAGGUUGCUGUUGAGGGAGGCUUUGCUCUGACAGAAGAAGCCAUGGAUACCCACACUCCUGACUUGUUUACCAGAGUUUAG